GCAGCAUGACGGAGCAGAUGAUUUCACUUUCUGUUUCAGAGAAACGUGAUUGAACUUUGCGUUGACAUUUCAAGACAAUUUUUCCCCACAACAGCUGUCGAUGGAAAACACAGAACCAACCCGAACCUGUGACACAUGCCACAAGGAGGUGGCAGAGGUCAACUUCCCUCUGCAUGAGAGCCACUGCAAACGAUUUUUGUGUGUCUGUCCUGACUGUGAUGAAACUGUCCCCAAAGACCAGCUGAGCCAACACAGAGAGGAGCAGCACACCAUGGUGAAAUGCUCCAAGUGUAACAAGAAGACUGAACGGUGUCACCUCAAGGAUCAUGAGGCGGAUGAGUGUCCGGAGCGUCUGCAGAAGUGUACGUUCUGUGAACUGGAGGUGCCGUGGAAGCAGCUGGAGGAGCACACUGUGGUCUGUGGGAGUCGCACGGAGCUCUGCAAGGACUGCAGUCGCUACAUUAAACUGAGUGACCAGUCAGAGCACAGUUCAACCUGCUCAGCUGCCGAAGGAGAGGACUUGACUCAAACCCUCAGCAGUGCACUAGAUAAAAAGAACAGAGUGAGCUGUAGAAACUGUGGGAGAUCAUUUCUGGAAAAAGAGAUAGACCAUCAUGAGCUGAGGUGUUAUCAAGAAUCAAAGCUGCUCUAUGAAGAGAUUGACACCAAAGAAGAAACGUGGGCGGAUAAAGAUGACUUAUUCAAGCAGCAGAGUCAGGACCAGCUGAGAAAUGCUUUUAAAGCCACUUCCCAGUCACAUGCAGGCAGAUGGGGUUUGGAGGUCAGUGGAGACCAGGACCAGAUCAGCACUUGCCCACAUUGUCAUCUGGCCCUGCCAUUCCCAACACUGAUAUGGCAUGAGGCAAAAUGCAGAGUCCAUGUUGUCUUGAAAGACAGAGAGGGCUAAGGACAGAGAGAAGUCCUUUGAAUGGAUCUUCUGAGAGUAAUGAUCAACACAAAGACCAUCCAUUGACUCAGCUGCCAUCUUAGAAUGUCUGUUUACAUUUUUUUUGUUUUGUCAUUUUUAAUUUUAGCUGAAUCAUCUCUUAAAAGUGGGGUAUUGUGUAUUUUUAAGUCCUAUGAGAGUCAAUGCUGUUGUGUCCAAAUUUUGAAUAGUACGUCUGUACUGGGAUGACGGGUGUGAAAUUCAGUGCUCUGCUAUGUCAGUACUGGUGACCUUAUUGCUUUGGUUUAGUUAUUGGUAAUGAUCUGAAGUUUCAUUUUAUAAUGCUAUUUAUUCCCAUUCAAAUCCCCCUAGUGACUAAAUAGUAAUUAGUUGAAUUAUUCACAAAGAAGGCAAUGCUAUCAGCUUUAGGAUCUCCAACCAUGCCUUUCCUCAGCUAAGCUUUAUCUUCAUCACUGCUGACAGAGUUCCGCAUGGCAUAGCACGAGAUCAAGUAAUGUUAUCUUGUCAUUGCCACAACAUUCGAGUAAUACUUGUGUCAGUUUUGUGGCACGCUUAUGAUGUACAUAUUAAUUAGAGCAUAUGCUCAUGCAUUUAAAUCUUUUGACAUUACUAAAAAAAUCUUUCUAGCAGUCUGGAAAACCUGGAAAUCACAUUUUGUAAUGUAUUUGUAUUAGUGUCAUAGAGACAUUAGCUUCCCUCUUGUUUAAACUCCUGACAUUCAAAGGAAAGUGUGAAUUCAUCCUGACAGAAAAACACUAUUUGGUUUGAAAGUGUGAAUCGGAAGGGAAAUUAUGUUUGUAACAUUUGUAAAAACAUUUUUAAAAUUAAAAUCUAAAAUUUGGG